UGUUACGCGGUGCUAAUCUAUGAAGAUCGCCGAUGCAGCGUUGACCUAAAACAACACUGCACACGGCCCGCGGUGCAGCGUCGGCAUAACGUGCAGCGCGUGACUCGCUAUGACGUCAACGGUGGCUUCGCAAUAUCGGAAAUACGGAAAUCAUGUUACUUUUGAUUCACACUUCGAUCAUUGUCAUUGUCUUAGAAAUAAUUAACUAAAUGUAAUUUUUACUUUAAAAUUAAAUCUUUUCAAAUAACUUUGCUUUUUUUUGGGACCUCCGGUUGUAGCCCACAUAAUUGGCGCAGUCGGUAGGAUAACUCGAGCCAGUGCGCGAUCGGUUUUUACGAAACGUUGCUCCCAAUCGCUACUGGUUGAGCUUUCAAGCCUUCAUCGAGACUUCAAGAAUCUACGGGCGCUGCAGUCCAGAGGUGAAUCCAGCUAUCGAUUCGUCCAAGAAAAAGCUAUGCUCGGGCUGUCAUCCAACACGGAACGCGGAGUGACCCCGGUGUACCUCCGAUGCCGAGAAGGCAGCGUCUCCUGGCUGUACCCUCGCGGCGCCCUGCGGCUGCUGUUCAGGCCUCCGCUGCCGGCCGACGAGCGUGACUUCAAGGUCUGCGUGAGAGUCAUCCGGAGGCCUGACCCGCCGGACUUGUUCCAUUCUAUGCGGUUUAAUGAUACUGCGCCACGAGAACGUUUCCCGGCACGGCUCUUUCUUGAAGGUCCGAGAGCUCUCGCGCCUCUAUACGCUCCCGAUGACGGCGAUCCGAGGGAGCUGCGAUGUUUCCGAAGUAGGAACGGGCAUGCAGCUUUGUAUGUGGAAGCCGAGCCCGACGACGGGCCCAGGAGGCGAGUGGCUACGUUCCGGUACGAAGCGAGACCGAUCAUCAAAAAGCACUACGACCCAACUACGGCUGACUGCCGCCCAUGCUCGGAUGAAGAACUUGAACUUGCCUUUUGUACUAGUGAUCUAGUAUCCCGGGGGGUGAUCAUCAGCAGUGAGCCUCGGGAUGACUUGGACUCGACUCAGCUGACGCUGCGGCUGACAAAGCUGAUCCGCGCCACGGGACACGACGGCGACCCCAAGGGAACCCCCGGAUUGAAAGCUGAUGAUGAUUACUACAGGUACGAAGUGGACAACAGCGUAGAGCGGAGUGCGCACCGCAAGCGUCGCAAGCGCAGCCUGCACGCGCACGUGCACGUGGCGGCGGCGUGCGGCGCGGCGGCCGGCGCGGGCGAGUUCCUGCUGAUGGCGCGCCGCCGCCUCGGCCGCUACUCGCUGGUCUGCGCGCCCCGCCUGCACCAGUGGCGGGCGCUGGUCGACAGGCGGCGAGCGGAUGGUAUGGCGCACUGUUUGUUACAACAUUGAGUUUGUUUUCCUGAAAGAACGAUACUUGCACGUGUGCGCAACCCGGAUGCACGAGUAGAUGGCGGUUCCUUGUGAAAUAUUCUAAGGAACAAGAUGAAUGCUGAUGGUUUAAUUAGCGAGCUGUUUACUCGGUUGUCUGCGCGCCCGGCCUGCUCUGGUGAAAGGUGUUACAAUCCGAAAAACAUUUAAGCUUUCGACCGGUUGUUUAUGAUGAAGAAGAGGAAUAGGUUUAUGGUUUGGAGCACUGCUUCAAUAUUCAUGUAUCGCUUUUUCGGCCGAUUCAAGGAUAUGUAAGCCCCGUUGACAGAAUAUUCCCAGAAAGUACCUAUACUUACUUAAUCGCGGACAGGUUCGGUUUAUGGUGCAAAAUUGUGCAAAGCAAGUUGUCGUAGUUUAAGCUCCAAGAGCAAUAUUUAUAUAAGUGAUCUACGUGACAUCAUGGCUAAUUCUCAGUUUACAUCAACAGCAGUGGUUCUCGUUCCGUUGUUUUUAAAAGCAGUUUUCAAGUUAAAAAUUAUCUAGAAUAUUUUCAUUUGUAAGAGGCAAUUUUUAAAUUUCCAUACUAAGUCGCGAAGGACAGUGUAAAUAUAAUAGUAUUGUGUGAGUCUCAGAUUUAUCAAAUAAAAUGUUUGUAAAAAAACAUAGAAACAUACUGGAAUUUCAUAAAGCUAACUUGCCAGGAUUCCUAUUAUUUUAAGUUGUAUUGCUUGCCAUAAUCCAGCUUGUAUAUAAUAAGCGCAUUCAAUUGCGUAUAUUUUGUUUAUAUGAUAUCUAAAUGUUUAUAUUUCAUUUUAAAUCAUUACUGUUAGCUUUUAAAAAUGUGGUCCAAAGUGCCAAAAUCAUUGAAAGAUCUUCAUGUGUAGAUAGUAAGGUUGAUCUCAUCUCUGUACAUAUAAUUAUAAGGAAACAUUAUCAUUAUAAACUAGCCAUAUUACUGUAAACAUAUGUAUAAGAAAUACUUUGAAUCAGUCAUAAUGUAAAUCUGAUGAUAAAUUUCUUUACAAGUGUAAAGCCAUCUUCUAUGCUUCCAUGCGAACAAAUAUCUAUGUAAAGAUGAUUUUCAGACAUUUACUGUAUUUAUUAUAUUAUAAAAAAAUAUUUUAUUCUAAAUGGAUGUGUAAAAUAUCAAAAUAAGAUACCUAGUAAUUGAAACCACAUCAGUUACGUAGAUUAUAUUGCAUUAAAUGUGCUAUAUAGAAAGGAUAACAAAUAAUAUAUAUUAUACCUAAGUAAAAAGAAAGCAAAUAGGUUUGUUUCUUUUUAUUUACUCUGAGUCGAAUCUGUCAUAAAAAAAUUGUAAAUAUCGAAAAAAAUAUUAAAGUUGCAUAGUAUAUAAGUUUUAAUAUAUAUGUAAAAAUAUUUUUAUAGUUGUCGAUAUGUGAUAUAGAUAUACAACGAAUAUAUUGAGAAGUGCCUAUUGUACUAUAUGUAGUGUUUAUUAAAAGAUAUAUUGCGAAAAC